CUGUGCACCAGGCUCGCGCCACUGCGGGUGAAACAGCGGCAGCGGCGGCGGCGGCGGCGGCAGCGCGCGAUGGAUUGUUGAUAUCACCGGGCUGACGUCAUGCUCCGUGUCUCUCAAUAGUUCCUAUCCGAGCAAAAUGAGGAUUUCGUACCAUCAGCUUGUACUGAUACUAUCCUGCGUCCGCGGACUCGCCAUGGGGGCUUUUCCGAGCAGCGUUCAGAUCGGCGGGCUGUUCAUCAGAAACACAGAUCAGGAGUACACUGCCUUUCGCUUGGCUAUAUUUCUACACAACACGAGCCCCAAUGCAUCGGAGGCACCGUUUAACCUGGUGCCCCACGUGGACAACAUCGAGACAGCCAACAGCUUCGCCGUCACCAACGCCUUCUGUUCGCAGUACUCCAGGGGUGUGUUCGCCAUCUUCGGACUGUACGACAAGCGCUCCGUACACACGCUGACGUCAUUCUGCGGGGCGCUGCACAUCUCCCUGAUCACGCCCAGCUUCCCCAUCGAGGGGGAGAGUCAGUUCGUCCUGCAGCUCCGACCGUCCAUACGAGGCGCUCUGCUCAGCAUCCUCGACCACUACGACUGGAACCGAUUUGUCUUCCUCUACGAUACAGAUCGGGGAUAUUCCAUCUUGCAAGCCAUCAUGGAAAAGGCGGGUCAGAACGGCUGGCAGGUCAGCGCCAUCUGUGUGGAAAACUUUAAUGAUGCCAAUUACAGACAGCUCCUGGAGGACCUGGACCGCCGGCAGGAGAAAACGUUCGUUAUAGAUCUGGAACCUGAGAGACUCACCAACAUGCUGGAGCAGAUCGUGAGUGUCGGGAAGCACGUCAAAGGCUAUCAUUAUAUCAUGGCAAAUUUGGGCUUUAAGGACAUCAAUCUCGAGCGCUUCAUGCAUGGUGGAGCCAACGUGACCGGUUUUCAGCUGGUGGACUUCAGCAAUCCCAUGGUGAUUAAACUGCUGCAGCGCUGGAACAAGCUGGACCAGCGCGAGUACCCCGGCUCAGACGUCCCUCCUAAGUACACCUCCGCUCUGACCUACGACGGUGUGAUGGUGAUGGCCGAGGCGUUCAGGAACCUGCGCAGACAGAAAGUGGACAUCUCGCGUCGGGGGAACGCCGGAGACUGUCUGGCCAACCCUGCAGCGCCGUGGAACCAGGGCAUCGACAUGGAGCGCACGCUCAAACAGGUCCGACUCCAAGGACUGACAGGAAACGUCCAGUUCGACCACUAUGGACGCAGAGUCAACUACACCAUGGACGUGUUCGAGCUGAAAAACAACGGGCCAAGAAGAAUCGGUUACUGGAACGAUGCUGAUAAGUUGGUUCUGAUCCAGGAUCAGAAUUUGCUUCCUAACGAGACGUCGGGGAUGGAGAACAGAACCGUGAUCGUCACGACCAUCAUGGAAGGUCCGUACGUGAUGCUGAAGAAAAACUGGGAGAUGUACGAGGGUAACGACAGGUACGAGGGAUACUGUGUGGAUCUGGCAUCCGAGAUCGCCAAGCACAUCGGCAUCAAGUACAAGAUCUCCAUCGUUCCCGACGGGAAGUACGGCGCCCGAGACCCAGACACGAAGAUCUGGAACGGCAUGGUUGGGGAGCUGGUGUACGGGAAAGCGGAAAUCGCUGUGGCCCCAUUAACCAUCACCCUGGUCCGGGAGGAGGUCAUUGACUUUUCCAAGCCCUUCAUGAGCUUGGGAAUCUCCAUCAUGAUUAAAAAGCCCCAGAAGUCCAAGCCGGGCGUGUUCUCCUUCCUGGACCCUCUGGCCUACGAGAUCUGGAUGUGCAUCGUGUUCGCCUACAUCGGCGUGAGCGUGGUGCUCUUCCUGGUCAGCCGCUUCAGCCCGUACGAGUGGCACACCGAGGAGCCCGAGGAGGGCACCGACGGUGCGCCCAGCGACCAGCCCCCCAACGAGUUCGGCAUCUUCAACAGUCUGUGGUUCUCGCUGGGAGCCUUCAUGCAGCAGGGCUGCGACAUCUCGCCCAGGUCUCUGUCCGGGCGCAUUGUGGGAGGUGUGUGGUGGUUCUUCACGCUCAUCAUCAUCUCCUCCUACACGGCCAACCUGGCUGCCUUCCUGACUGUGGAGAGAAUGGUGUCACCCAUCGAGAGUGCAGAAGAUCUGGCCAAACAGACGGACAUCGCUUACGGCACGCUGGACUCAGGAUCCACCAAGGAAUUCUUUAAGAGGUCAAAGAUCGCCGUGUACGAAAAAAUGUGGAGCUACAUGAAGUCCGCAGAGCCCACGGUGUUCACCAAGACGACGGCGGAGGGCGUGGCUCGAGUGAGGAAGUCCAAAGGGAAGUACGCCUUCCUGCUGGAGUCCACCAUGAACGAGUACACGGAGCAGCGCAAGCCCUGCGACACCAUGAAGGUCGGAGGCAACCUGGACUCCAAAGGCUACGGAGUGGCCACGCCCAAGGGCUCACAGUUAAGAACUCCCGUAAACCUUGCCGUUUUGAAACUGAGUGAAUCAGGCAUCUUAGACAAGCUGAAAAACAAAUGGUGGUACGAUAAGGGCGAGUGUGGACCCAAGGACUCUGGAAGUAAGGACAAGAGCUCGCAGGCCCUGAGCCUCAGUAACGUGGCCGGGGUCUUCUACAUCCUGGUGGGGGGUCUGGGCCUGGCCAUGCUGGUGGCCCUGAUCGAGUUCUGCUACAAGUCACGCAACGAGGCCAAGCGAAUGAAGCUGACCUUCACCGAAGCCAUGAGGAACAAGGCCCGGCUGUCCAUCACGGGCAGCGUGGGUGAGAACGGACGUGUCCUGACCCCCGACUGCCCCAAGGCCGUGCACGCGGGACCUCCCAUGCGUCAGAGCUCCGGACUGGCCCUGGUCUCGGCCGACCUGCCGUGAAAACCAAAAACUCUCAAGUGCCUUAAAUCGAACCACGGACACGAGAUCGAGAUCCACCCAAACCCAAAAUCAGCAGCGACGGUAGAGACGGUGACGACCAGGAACCUGGACUAGUUUACUGGACCGACGGGGCUUUGACAUAGAGGGGUGAAAGUCCCUGGUGGGAUUUUAAUUUUUUCAGCACAGCCAGUGAGAUUGUUUAAAGCUUGUGUUGAGAUUUUAGGAUAAACGAGGGUCCAGGACCAGAAAACUGUCAUUCACAAACACGUUGCCAAACUAAAAACGGGCAUUCAUACGUCUGAGAGGCUUUUCUGUUGUAAUCUGAAUAAUAAUUCAUUACAUAACAAUACGAGCAGUAUCAACGAUAAAUACUUACUAAAACUGUGAAGAGUUUGUGUAUAUUCUAUAAAAUCGUAACUAAAGAUUAUUUACACCGCUUUGUAUAUAGAACUAAAGCCUGUACAACUCGCUUGCUUUUUAAAACCUGUAAAUAGCGAUUCUACAAUUCCGUA